CAGCACGCCGCGCGCGCAUCGCAGAACUCGCAUUAAACACGCCCGCGCCAGUGAUGUCACCAGCUCCAGUGGAUACUGUGUAGUGUAGUGAACUAUGGUAGCGAUGGUUGCUUCUGCGUCUGGAUACGGCACUCUACGCCGCUUCCUUAGCGUACCUGAAGGCCAACACGAAAUGGGGGAAGCGGGCGUGGUGCCCACCACGUCUGUCGCUGUAUCGUCAAAGCAGCGGGCGUCGAUCAAGUGGUUGUUGUCGAAGGCAUUCAACAACAGGGUCCCGGAGAACCUUCAGGAGCCCUUUUAUAGGGAUCAUGAGGACCAGGAGCAUCUAAAACCGCCCAUUGUUGGCGGUCUAGCUAACGCGGAGCUGUACUGCCUAGCGCUCGCCAACAUGUACUCGGACCCCAACUACCAUAGCCUCAACCAUUGGAACAUAUUGCAAACACUCGCGAGGAAGGGCGUCCACGUGCCAGACCCACCGGACUGUGCGCUCACGGAGACUGUUCUUAUUCAGACUAACCCUCUCAAAAUGACUGCUCACAUGGCUGUGAUAGAAGCACUGAUGGUGCUGUACGCGCGGGAAGUGGUGACUCUGGACCGGGUGUCGGCUGCGGCGCAGCGGUUCGGUACCAGCCAACCUCUACCUGGCAGCUCCAACAUUCCACAUGAAGACGGCCUCUUGUGUUGGAUCAACGCCGCCUGCGCUGCGCUCAACAAAGCCGAGGAGACAGGAUCGCAGGUGCCAAUGGUGAAAAGCCUGCAGGAGUUGUGCGACGGCACUGCGCUGGCGGCGCUGACGUCAUUCUACUGUCCGGACGCGCUGCCUCGCUCCGCCGUCCGCGUGGGCCGCAUGGCCUCCAUACAAGACUGUCUCCACAACCUGAGGCUCGUGUACGACUUCUGCCAAACGUGCCUGCCGCACAACGUGUUCCAUAUGAUGCCGGAGGACGUCACGUAUAUGCGAGGAUCAAUGCGACAAAAUUUGGUAGCAAUGCUUGCUGAUCUCUUCAACAUGCUCGAGGUGCAUCCGGUCAAAUCUGUCAAAUAUCCAGCAAGUGCGUGCGGCGCCAGCAACGCGCACGGCGUGCGGCACAAGCGCUGCCUGCCGCCGCCGCCGCCCGUGCCCAUACCGGACCUGCGCGGGGACCAGCCCGGGCCCGCGCUGCCGCCCUUCGCAGUGCCACGUUCGCCGUCCGCGAUGGGUGCGGCCGGAGGGCGCGGCCGCAGCGGGCGGUCGGCGUGCUCGACGCCCGAGCGGCGCAGCUGCAGCCCGGCCUCCGCGCGGGACGACUUCGUAGUGCAUCGCGGCCGACCAGUCACCACUCUGGCCUCGCUCGCGCGCCGGGAUGACGGCACGUCCGGGUGGCGGGAAGAACCGGCAGCCGGGCGGCCCAGUACGGGCGGCGCGUCGGACGGCACGUUCGCCGGGCGGCGGUCGCGGCGCUCGUCCGUGUCGGACGACAGCCAGCUCACGGUCGAGAACUUCGGCGGCUCGCAGGACCGGCUGCACUUCGCCGGACGCAACCCGGAGAAGGAACUCGCCACGCUCGCCUCGCUCUCGCAGCACGGACACCACGCGCCUGCGAGGAAGAUCUCCGCUCCGGCCGGCCCUCUCGACUACAAUCCACCGUUGCGAAGCUCGAGACAGGACAUCCGAGGCUCCAUCCAGUUGUUCCACGGCGACUACCAAAAUGGCCAAGAAGAGAAACCGAAGGUUGAGCGGCAGAAUUCGCAGUCGAAUGCGGAUGAACAGCCGUACUAUCCCAUCAGGAGGCAACUCAGCAGCGACACCAUCACGCUCAACCAGAACUUCGGGUUCAAUUACAAAGGCGGCGGGGAUGGGUUCUUCCUCAACGAGCGGGAUUCGACGGACGGUGACGCCACAAAGACGAGUUUCGCGGACUUGACUAAGAUUAGGAGUAACGGUGAUCAGAAAGGUCUUCAGUCUCAGUUCAGUCAGGAGUGUGAACCGAAUGAAAGGCGGAAAAGCACGACGUUCGCCACACCACCAGCAAACACGACUACGUGGCAACAACAAUUCAUGCAACAAGAACAUCAUCCUAACGGUGCAGAAGUGUCCGAAGAAAUGACGGCGGGUGGUGGCCAGGCGAUGGCGGCGCAACUGAACAACAUCCGACUUAAACUGGAAGAGAAGCGACGGCGAAUAGAGCUCGACAAGCGACGUAUGGAAGCCGCCGUCAGUCGACAGCGGCUGCAGCUCGGACAGCAGGCCUUCCUGCAAGCUGUCACCAGGGGCAAGGGCUCGCGGGCGGCCCCCGACGAUGACAACAAGCCGGCCGACACGCAGCAGGACUUAGCGGAUUCCCCGAACCAGACGGUGGAUACAGUCGCGUUAGAACAGUACCAGCAAUCCAUUGCCAAAAUGAACUCCAGCCUACAGGACAUACAGAGUGACAUCGCGCGGCUCGCCAGCCAACAGACGCAGUUGCAACAACAGCAGCAACAACAACAGAUACAACAGCAACAACAACAGUUACAGCAACAGCAACAACAACUGCAGCAGCAACAACAACAGCAACUGCAGCAGCAACAACAAGCGAAGCAAUUGUUUCAACCUCAACCCCCACAGUCGCCGUACCAACAACAGUAUCAACAAAACAUUCCACAACUGCACAGCCAGUUCAGCUCGCAGCACAACGUGUCGCGGCCGGCGCUGGGCGGCGGGUUCGGGUCGACGCCGCACCUGCCGCGCGACCCGCACCCCCUGCCGCCCGCCCCCACCCCCAGCACCGACCCCGCCUACGACCCCUACCACUACCACCAGUACAGGGACAUCGAGCCCGAGUACGGCCACCAGUUCUUCCUGCACGAGGCCCAGUCGCCCCCGCAGCGGCGCACGUGGGCCCAACACGCUCAGCAACAGCACUCGCAACACCACGACGCAGCCGAGCUGCGGGGCUGGCAGCUUCACCAACAAAAUCACCAACUUCAAUACCAACAGCCUACCCACGAGACACCCCAACGAACGUGGAAGUCACCGUCCCCCCAACCGCCCUCAGAUCGAAAUUGGAAUCCCCAGGGCUUUGUGUUACACGAUAGGACCAAUCAGCCUUUCCAAGUGCACUAUAACAACGACCGGUAUCAAAAUGGCACCGAGAACAUUCGAGAUACACAAAACCAUUUAAGCUACACUGUGAUAAACUCCAACCAAUACGUCUCCCAAUCUCCUCCGCUAGCGGCUAGUCCGCAACGUCGAUCAAAAACCCCACAACGGCAAGGCUCCCUUCCAGAAGUCUCUAGAAGACCGGAACCGGUCAGUUUGCAGCAGUUACAGACGCCAGUACACGCUCCUCCCCCCGACGACAUGGAACCGCAGAAUAUAUCCUUCAUCGGCAAUGCAGAGGACGACGCACUACGCCAAGGAAUCAAUAGACUGAAUAUUUCAUCUGGCACUAGGACGUACCGUAUACCUUCUCCCACUAGACCGUCUCUUAAUCGCAACUCAUUCCAACAAAACGAACAAGACGAAGCGAGCGAAAAGAACGAGAAAGGUUUCUAUAUAUCAUUCGAUAACGACCAACCGAAGAGGCCGAAGCCACCAUUACGGGCGAAAAGGGGCUCGCCUAAAAAAGAGAGGUCAUCGGAAUUUGAGAGUCCGGAGUUAAGUCCGGAGAACACGUGGAUGCAGAACGAUCGUGUGCCGCAACCCGUGGAGGAGGAGUUCGUGGUACAUAGGAACACGGGGUUAGAGCAGGCGGUUCGAUCUAAUGACGUUUCUUCGGAGCGCAGAGAAACGCCACCUAGAGAACGACCACAACGCAUUAACAACGCCGAGCCGGCGGCUUUGGUCAUUGGUGAAAUGAAUCCUGAUCCGAACUCGGCGGAGGAGAUGGAGCGCAAGAAGGAGCGCAUCAUGCUGCUGUCGCUGCAGCGGCGCGCGCGCGCGGACGAGGCGCGCGCGCAGGCCGAGCUGGCCGCCGCCGCGCGCCGCGCCCGCGACCAGGCCGCCGCAGACCUGCGCCUCGCGCGCAAGCAGGACCAGGCGCGCCGCCGCGAGGCCAUCCUGCAGCAGUACAAGCUCAAGAAGGCCAUCGAGGAGGCCGAGCGGGAGGGUAAAGUUCUAGACAAGUCUGAGUUCCUGGACACGCUGAAGGGCGGCAGCGGAGCGCCCGCUGCGGCCGCCAGCCCGGCCGGCGCGCGGCUGCGGGGCCGGGCUCCGGCCGCGCGCGCGCGCCCCAAGACCAUACACGUGGACGGCGGCGCGCUGCAGGCCGCCGAGGGCAUGCUGGCCUCCAAGCAGCCCUCCUCCACCAACCUCGCAGCGGGCGGCACGAUGCGGCGCGACUACUACCGCGGCUCGCAGGACAGUCUCGCGGAGCGCUCCGCCCUCUACAGGGUAACCCCGGUAGAGUCCCCGGUGGAGGACCGCGGCGGCAUGUCCCCGGGCAGCGCCUCCAGCGGGCCGCUCGGCCGCCGGGGCUCCUGCAAGACCUCCAGAGAGCGUGUGAAUGAGGAACCUCAGUCGUCACGUGGAAGGUCUAAAUAUUCCACUUACCAGAGUAACUUUAAGGCGGGAAGGAAGUCUAGCUCUCUUAUGAACUUGUGCGACUCGGGGCUGGGCCGAGCCACGCCUCCACGGCGAGCCGCGUCCCCGGGCGUCCGCACGCUGGGCUCGCCCGCGUCGGGCCCGGGCUCGCUGCCCGGCGCCAUCGGCAAGCGGCGGCUCGCACACAACGACGACGCCUCCGACGUCUCCUCCACGCACUCCUCCAUCAUGGACUACUCGGGCCCGCGAUUGUAUAAGCAGCCGACGACGAAAUCAAAUAGGGGCAUAAUGUUGAACGCGGUGGAGUACUGCGUGUUUCCGGGCGCCGUCAACGCGGAAGCAAAACGGCGGGUGCUGGAAGAGAUCGCGCGCUCGGAGAGCAAGCACUUCCUGGUGCUGUUCAGGGACGCCGGCUGCCAGUUCAGGGCGCUCUACUCGUAUUGUCCAGACACGGAGCAAGUUACCAAGUUGUACGGAACCGGGCCUAAACAUGUCAACGAUAGGAUGUUCGACAAGUUUUUCAAAUACAACUCUGGUAGCAAGUGCUUCUCGCAAGUGCACACGAAACACCUGACCGUGACAAUCGACGCGUUCACGAUACACAACUCACUGUGGCAGGGCAAGAAAGUGCAGCUGCCCAGCAAGAAGGACAUGGCUCUCGUCAUAUAACCAGCCAGCGUCCGGCCGCGACGCCCACGGGACCGGUCUAUUAAAUACUAAAUUUAAACAAUUCACGUUAUCUAGUCGCCGGCGACAAGUCGAGUCAAGCCUUUUUUUACUCUUCAGUUAACGCUACGGUAGGGCUUUAGUGCCAGUGUCCAUAUACGUUUGUUUUACGGUUAGUGCAUUUUUUCGGACGGGAGCUGUGUUACAUGUAAAUUGAAUGUGUUUAUUUGCUUGUAAGAGUGUGAUGUCGACCGAUGUUCGUGUCAAGGCCGCCCCGUUCGUGUUUCUCGUGUAAACGUCGGUUUAUAAAGUCAUAGAUAAUUUAGCGCGGUGGCCGGACGGAGGGCGGCGCUCGGUGCCUGUGUCAUAUUGUACAGUUAGAGAAGGUUUAGUAUGAGGACGUAAGCUCGAAUUGAUAUGUUUUAUUUUGAUUAGCUUCGUUUGGUUCGCAUUAAAUUUGUGAAAGUCUAUCAUGUUGAAUAUGCCCGCUGUUGUGUUGUUAAUUUAUUUGACGUGUCGCGCUCGGUGACGGUUUCCCGGUUGCACACGCUGUGGUAUGAUGUACGGCACUAAAUUGUUAAGCUAUGUAUUUACAAAGCAAUAUCUAACAAAGUUAGACGACAUUGGCAGAUAACAGUUGCACAAAAUGAGUAUUCGAAUGUUUCGCUCAUAGUAUUAGUAACUUAAUACUUGCUUAGUAAAAUACAAGGCUAUAUGUAGACAUGGGCAAUACGCCUUUACGUGGUAUAAAACCGUAUCUUAUUAUUUUAAAAAAGUAUUGGCCACAUCGGUUGAAAUUGAAGUACUCAAACUGUGUAUUAGGUAUUUUUAAUACGUGUGUGCAUGACUCAUAGAUACCAACAUAACGUAACAGUAAUAUCUAAUAUGUGGUUUGUUGUGUUGUUUCAUCCGAUAUCGGUUUUAUACAUAAAUAUUGAUAGUGUAUAUUUGUAUCGCCCAUGACUACUUAGUAAUAUCGCGACGUGUGUGCGGCGGCGAGGAAACGGUCAACGUACCAUCGGCCGCUUAGUAUAUCGUAUGUGUGCGUCGGUUGCUGCAUUAGAUAUCGAUAUUCGAAAAGUUUUACUCAGUGUAUAAACGCAAUGUUUGCCAUAUGUAUUAGUGAGAUGGUCCAUACGUUCCAUAAUGAACUAAUUGUCUCAAAACGUAACAGCCAAAAUGUCGGAUGUACGCUCGUGUAUUGCGUACGCAACUUUUUCUAUAAGAAAACUGUCCCUCAUAUUAAUAUAACACGUUCACAAACUAAUGCUUAUUUGUUAUUAUAAAUAUUAACUCGUUAGUAAUUAUUUCAAUUUGACUGGAGUUAAGAUUAAGGUGAUUAUGUAUUUGUUUAAUGUCUCCUAAUUCAUUUAACGUUAUUUCCAUUUUUUUACUGCUUGUAUAGCUAAAAUAAGCCAAGGCACACUUACGAGGUAUUUGUAUUGCCUUAUCCUGUAAAUAAUUGUUUAUUUGUAUACAGCUAUUUAUUAAAAGAAUGUUAACGAGAAUUGAUGAAUAUCAUUUUUUCAUUGUUUAAUUAAUGAUCGGUCAUCAAUAAUAUACUACCGAUAGUAAAUAUAUGGUAUGCAAAUAUACUGUAUUAAAAAGCAUAA